UGCAUAGGCAAUGAUCCGGAUUACGCGCGCAAAGAUCUAUUUGACGCGAUUGCUAAUCAUCGGUAUCCCUCAUGGACUCUGAAGAUACAAGUGAUCACUGAGGAAGAGGCUAAACGAUUUGAUUUCAAUCCAUUCGAUGCGACCAAGAUCUGGCCGACAGACAAAUACCCUCUAAUAGAGGUGGGAGUGAUGACACUCAACCGAAAUCCUAUCAAUUUCUUUGCAGAAGUGGAACAGAUAGCCUUCUGUCCCGCAAAUCUGGUGCCCGAGGUGGGAGUGAUGACACUCAACCGAAAUCCUAUCAAUUUCUUUGCAGAAGUGGAACAGAUAGCCUUCUGUCCCGCAAAUCUGGUGCCCGGUAUUGAACCCUCACCUGACCUACUAUUAGCAGGAAGACUGUUCUCCUAUUCAGACACUCAAAGAUAUCGUUUGGGCGCAAACUUCCAUUUACUUCCCGUAAACAAAGCCCACAAUCGUGUGAUGGCACCGACACAACGGGACGGCCCCAUGCGAUCGGACGACAAUAUGGGCCCUCAACUUAACUAUUAUCCCAAUUCAUUCUCGGACGUGAGGGAUGACCCUAAAAUGAUGGAGUCUAACUUCACAGUUAACGGUAAUGGUGGUAAUCGAGUGAAUGAUAAUGUAGUGGUGUAUCGAUAUGAUGACAAGAAUGACCACAACUACGAACAGGCCCGAGACCAGUAUAAUAGCUACAGUAAGGAGUGGAAGGAAAGGCUGCACAGAAACCUGGCCACCUCUAUGAAUGGUGUGCACGCCUUCAUCAGAGACCGCGUUCUCGAAGAGCUCCGAAAAGUGGAUCCUUUGUAUUCGGACGGAGUCCGCACUGAAAUCAAUAGAUUGGCCAAAAAGAGUCUUAAGCAUCAGAGUGUGAGCCCUAAGGAUGCCAGACAAUCAUCGAGGAGGUCAUCCACUAAACCCUCAUCUAAUAGAGAUAGGAAUGGUUCCCGAGGUAGAAGUGAUACCCGAGGAAGCGAAUGGAUUGGAAACGGAUGGGGACGUGUCGGACCUCCCUAUUUGUAUCAGAAGCUGAAAAAAUCCUCCAAAAAGAAGUCAUAUUUUGAUACAAUGGUUGGAUUUUAUGAAUACGAAAACGACUGGUAUUUGAGGGAAGCGGCGAGUCUUCGUUAUAAUAGCAAGUGGAGGAAUGGGAGGCAGAAGUUGAUGCUUCUGGACUGGAAGCUCAGACAAAUGGACCUGGACACCAGAAAGCAUCACGAAAUCAGUCAGCAUAGCUUCGUGAAGCCAACUAAUUUUGCCAGAAAUCAGCGCAAUUAUAAUAUUAGGCGGAACUGGAACCACAAGUUCCCCAUUUGGGCCCCUUAUCGGGAACUCCAUAUGUAA